AUGCGUCGCAGGGGCAAGCGCCGCGCCACGAAGCGCCGAAAAGUUGGUGCCGAGCCGAAGAACCCGCUCGAGCGCCCCGACCAAUCGGCGAUGGAUGAUAAAGCCGCGAUGCCGCUCGCGAAACGUCGAAAAUUUGAAGAUGAGCAGGAUGAGGAGCACGAGCUGCCCGGCGACUCGGUGAAGGACGGUGAAUCGAAGCCGCGCGUCCAAAUCUACGACUUUUGCUGCGAGAUCCUCUGGAAAAUCGUGGAGCAGCUUGAGGUUGGAGAGGUGCUCUCCCUCGCAAAGUGCCACCCGAACCUGCUGGGCGCGCUGAAGGAAUUCCCGAACAAGGGCUACAACCGCGUUCAAUGGGGCGUCGAUAGAGUGGCGGAGAUUCUGCUCGCCGAUGCGUGGGUGGAAAGCCUGGACUACUCGCUGCACCUCGACACCAAGCUCAACAUCAAAGUCGGCACCGUCAACUUCCAGGGCGAGCCGGCAGACGCCUACAAAUGCGCAGCGCUCAUCGAAAGCUGGGAACCCUGGAGGGUGAGCUUCCCGAAAUGGGGCGCUUCCGUCUUCCGCUUCUACCCGGAUCUGGCGCGCCUACUAAAAGAUAUCAGCUACAUCGGCCUGUUCCGCUUGCCGAUCCGCUGGCUCAGCGAAAUUCCGGAGUGGAACCUGACGUGUGUCGACCUAAAGAUUGCCACCGGCGGAAAGGACAUUGUUAUCGAGCUGGCCAACGUGUUCCGCGCCCUCUGCGACCAGUGGAUCUCGUUUCAACGCUCCGAAUUCUGCCUCCAAAUCUACGUCAAGGACUCGCCGCUGGCGCUUGCUGAAGUGCUGCACAUUUUGGCGCACGACGGUUACGCCCUGCCGAUCGUCCGCCGUGAUCGCUGCCGGUUAACGUACCGACACUUCCUGAACGGCCUGCUGAUGCGCGGCCACUAUCCAGAA